AGCCUGUCAUGGAGGGGGAGGAGGCGGCGGCGGCGGUGAAGGGAGGCGUUUGCGGCCGCCUCCACGGUCCGCUCUGCCAUUCCUGAGCUGGUCCCUCGUCCCGUCCCUGUGGCAUCAGGAAGGCGAGCUGUUAGGCAAGAGGAGGAGGCUGUCAGAACCAUAUCCUCUUCUUCCCCUGGGGCGGGGGCCGGACCGGCUGAACCAGGGGAGGGCCUCGGGAGGGGACGCCGGGCCGGCCGGCCUGCCCGCUGAGAUGGAUGACAGCAAGGUGGUUGGAGGCAAAGUAAAGAAGCCAGGUAAACGUGGUCGGAAGCCAGCCAAAAUCGAUCUGAAAGCAAAACUUGAGAGGAGCCGGCAGAGUGCAAGAGAAUGCCGGGCCAGAAAAAAACUGAGGUAUCAGUAUUUGGAAGAAUUGGUAUCCAGUCGAGAAAGAGCUAUCUGUGCUCUCAGAGAGGAACUGGAAAUGUACAAGCAGUGGUGUAUGGCAAUGGACCAAGGAAAAAUCCCUUCUGAAAUAAAAGCCCUCCUCACUGGAGAAGAGCAGAGCAAAUCUCAGCAGAACUCCAGCAGGCACACCAAGGCUGGGAAGACGGAAGCCAGUAACAAUGCCUGGUGAAGAUCAUAUAAAACAAUGAAUCAGUGAUUGAAGCCAAUAUUCUGAUUCCCAUGGAAGAUGAACGGGCAGGAUUGUUCUUUGUGGCUCUGUUUACUACCUACUGCUCAGUAGUCAUCUCUGUAAAUCUGCAAAAUGUGUGAUCACAGAUAUCAAAGGGCCUUGCUUUAACCUUCCACCCUCAGAAAAUAUACCUUAAGGCCUGUUUGUCUAACGUUGGCACCAUGGCAUGCAACAUGUUGUGAUGCUUGAAAACACAGGAGUAGAGAAAAAACUGGGUUGAAGAUUGUAUU